AUGACGAAAGGGACAUUCAUACUCGCUGGCGGCGAGUUCGGUACUCGUCGCCUUGUUGUCAACACGACGGGGGAUCCCGGGAAGUAUCGAUGUUUGGUGUGUGGAGAAAUUCUCAAGAAUAAUCGCCAAGACGCUCUUAUCACACAUUUACGCCAGAAACACCCUUUCAUAAAUGUGGGCCAACAAAUAUCUCCAGUAGCCCCUAAGGCGUGCCUGGGUCCUUGCCCACUGCCUAGAGUGCCGGAAUAUUGCCCUCCAUGCCGCCGUCCAGAACCCAGUCCUCCAGUUCCACCAGCAUGCCCUCCAUGCUACCAACCGUGUCCACCCCCUCGCCCACCAUGCCCAACUCCUCGUUUACCUCCUUGUCCACCUCCUUGUCCACCUCCUUGCCCACGUCCUUGUCCACCCCCUUGUCCACCCCCUUGUCCACCUCCUUGUCCACCUCCUUGUCCACCUCCUUGUCCACCUCCUUGUCCUAGACCAUGCCCCCCCGGCUGUAUCCCCACAAACGCAGCUCAACCAUACAACGUCUGUGGACCUUGUCCACCCCAGCCUUGCCCACCACCUCCACCCUGCCCACCCACCCCCUGUCCCAUCCCUUGUGCUGUCAACUGUCCUGCACCCACGCAGGAUGACUACUGCAGGGCUAUGGCCAGACAACAACGCAGAGAGAAUAGAACUAAGUACAAGUGUACAGUUGAGUCAUGGAAGCCAGGCUCUACGAAGGUGGUGUGUCCCUGCUGUGGGUGCGAGGCCCAACCUGUGAUACGCCGCCAGAGGAACCAGCUGGCCAAUAGUUCACUCGGUGCUUGCUUCAUGUUGGGGUGCUGGCCAUUGUCCUUUCUGCCGUUCUUGCUCUGUGAGAGCACUGUAGUAAACCUGUACUGUGCUCAGUGCAACAACUUUCUGGGGGCUUACAACCGUAAACUGGGCUGUGUCAUCGACGUACAGGCCAACCUCUGCAACCCGGGCAUCACUCCAAAUUAUCCUUCUAUAAAAUGACAUUGUAUUGUAUUGUAUUAGAAAACACACACCGUAAAGUGAUUAUUUAUUUUGUUUUCUUUAUAUUUAUGUAUUAAACCACAUUUACAAAAAUA